ACGGAUGUGUGGUGGGAAAGUGAACGCUGAUUGGCCGAGUUGAAUGUCAUUGACGUCAUACAGGAAAAACAUCGUCGCGAACCAGGCCAGGCAAGCCGCAGGGGUGUGUAGGAAAAUAUACUACAUGGGAAUGAGAAGAAUAAACAAAACGAUGAUUCAGCCCUGGAUCACUCGGGUAUGAACUGGAUGUGCCAUGCAGAGAAGACACAGCAGCAACACGGAUGGCAUGCCCUCUGAAAGGAGCCGUAGCCAAACCCUUGGAUCAGAAAGCAGCCUGGACGAAGGAGGUGUGUUUGACUGCCUGAAACCCGACUCGCCCACCUCCCCCCAGCAGCUCUUCUCCGGCCUGGUUGGGGUCGGGGUUCCCUCGGGAUCUGGUGUGCCCUCCGCAAACUUCCAGGCGGCUGGUCUUGUUCUGGGGACUCCUCCAGACGUCUUCAUCCAGAUGACUGCCUCCUCCAGGGAGGAAGGGGGGCCACACCGCUCUGAGUGUGGGCCCUACCUCCCCCGUCCGCCCCCGCACCAUCAUCACAACCACCACCACUUCCACCAGCCACUACAGCACCGUACAUCUGGAGAGAGGCAUGGGAACAGGGAGGAGGCCUCGGAAGACCCCUCUACACCGGCUCCGGCCUUGUCGGAGCUGAAGCCUGUAGUCACCUGGCUACAGAGGGGGUUCCCGUUCAUCCUGAUCCUCCUGGCUAAAGUGUGUUUUCAGCACAAGCUCGGUAUUGCUGUCUGUAUUGGGAUGGCCAGCACGUUUGCCUUUGCCAAUUCAUCAUUCAAGCACCAGGUGUCACUACGGGAGGAGAGGUCUGUGGUUGUAGCUCUCUGGAUGAUCAUGUUCCUAUCUGGAAACAUAGUGUAUCUCUACUACACAUUCAGUGCUGAGGAGCUGUACAACAGUCUGAUGUUUGCAAAGCCCAACAUAAACAGCUUUGACUUCUUUGAUCUAAUCUGGGCGGUGGGGAUCACCGACUUUGUUCUCAAGUACUUUACAAUUGGCCUGAAGUGCUUCAUCCUGUUUCUACCCAAGAUCCUCCUGGCCUUCAAAUCCAGGGGUAAGUUCUACCUGGUGAUAGAGGAGCUGAGUCAGUUGUUCAGGGCCUUAGUGCCCAUCCAGCUGUGGUACAAGUACAUCAUGGGAGAGGACCCGUCCACCAGCUACUUCCUAGGAGCCAUGCUCAUUAUCAGCUACAGCCUCUGCAAGUCGUUUGACCUCUGUGGACGAGUAUCAGCCAUACGCAAGGCCAUGGCAAUUCUCUGCAGUUCUCAGAGUUAUGGUGUGAGAGCCAGCAGCCAACAGUGCAGUGAAGCCGGAGACGUGUGUGCUAUUUGUCAGGGCGACUUCAGAGACCCCAUCGUUCUUCUCUGUCAGCAUGUGUUCUGUGAGGAGUGCCUGUGUCUGUGGUUCGACCGUGAGCGAACGUGCCCCCUGUGUCGAUCUGCGGUCAUAGAGACCCUGCACUGCUGGAAGGACGGCACCACCUCUGCCCACGUCCAGAUCUACUAGUGAUUGAUGGCCAGAUGCCCACCAGACACUGGGUGGCACUAUGGAGUCCAAUUUAGUAUGCCAUUAAUGUAUCAAGUCAGUUACUAUACCUUCUCUACACCGCUGUCACUAUCACUAUCACACUGCUUGUCUAAGUUUAGCUUCUUGCAAAGAAAUUGAAUAUUAACUUAUCUCAGUGUGAUCCAGCACCAUGUGGUAUGGGUUAGUAUUCUGGCAAAGGGUACCUAUAGUAGUAUCUCAGUGUGAUCCAGCACCAUGUGGUAUGGGUUAGUAUUCUGGCAAAGGGUACCUAUAGUAGUAUCUCAGUGUGAUCCAGCACCAUGUGGUAUGGGUUAGUAUUCUGGCAAAGGGUACCUAUAGUAGUAUCUCAGUGUGAUCCAG